AUGAAAGAAACAGCUGCCUCCGAUAAAGUCGCACCGACUGCAGCCUUACCGGCCAAACAUGGCGACGGUGACGAGGCCCUGGAAUUUCUGGCUCGAGAGAAGGAUGCAGGAAUGCUCAUGGACAUCAUUGAGACUAAGGCUUUGCGGUGGAAGAUUGACCUUCAUAUCAUGCCAGUCCUGGUGGCUGUCUACUUUUUGCAGUACCUUGAUAAAACCCUGCUCAACUACGCAGCCGUAAUGGGGAUCAAGACAUAUCUGAAAGGGAAUGAGUACAACAAUCUCGGAACCAUCUUCUACAUUGGAUACCUUGUCGCGGAGCCCAUUACCGCUUACCUCAUGCAGCGCUUACCCAUUGGCAAGUAUCUCGGGUUCAAUGUCUUUUGCUGGGGCAUUCUCGUUGCCUGUCACGCGGCAUGUCGGAGCUAUGCCUCAUUGAUGGUUGUUCGUGUCCUCUUGGGCAUGUUUGAGGCAUCCGUAGCGCCAGCACUUAUCCUUAUUACUGGUAUGUGGUGGACCAAACCGGAGCAGUCCCGUCGUAUGGGCUUGUGGUAUAUGCAGAUUGGUGUUGCACAGAUUGCUGGUGCCGGUCUUUCGUACGGUUUCCAGCAUGUUGACUCAGAGAAACUGGCGAACUGGCAGAUCCUGUUUCUCUUCAUGGGAUGUCUGACAGCCGUGAUUGGAGUAAUCACCUUUUUUGUAUUACCCGAUACCCCCAUGAGUGCCUGGUUCCUCAAAGAAAAGGAGAAGAUUGCCGCUGUUGAGCACGUGCGAAUCAAUCAGACUGGUAUCGAAAACAAGCAAUUCAAGCCCCACCAAGUCAAGGAGCUCUUGUUCAAGGACAAGCAAACCUGGGUCUUAUUCUUCAUCACUGUUCUGGCCAUGAUUGACAACGGUGCGGUCUCGAAUUUCUCCAGCAUCAUCAUCGCAACAUUCGGCUUCUCCCCAGAGCGGACCACCGUUAUCCAGAUGCCGUCUGGUGCCGUAUCGAUCAUCGCGACAGUUACGGCCACCUAUAUUAUCGGUGCGGUCGGCCACCGCUCCUACAUGAUUGCCAUCAUUACAUUGCCCAGCAUCCUGGGUGCCGGGUUGUUAUUGGCUCUGGACAACUCGCAAAAAGUCGGCAAGCUCUUUGGUGUUUAUCUCCUCAACUCCUGUCCAGCGAUGCUGCCCAUUAUUUAUAGUUGGAAUUCAGCCAAUACGAGCGGGUAUACGAAGCGCGUAAUGAGAAACGCUUUGACAUUGAUUGCUUUUUGCGUUGGGAAUCUGAUCGGUCCCCAGAUGUUCGUAUCAAGUGACGCGCCAAACUACAACCCGGCUAAAAUUACGCUCAUUGUGACCAUGGUAGGGGUUGUCGUACUGGCGGUUUUCCUACGGCAACUCAUAGCAUCGGAGAAUCAGAAAAGAGACAAGAAACAGACACAAUUCCCAGCUCAAGAGGGCCCCGGCCCUGAUCUGGCGUUUUCAGAUUUGACGGAUAUUCAAAACCGGCAAUUCCGAUACCUCUACUAG